AUGAAUACAUAUCUAUCUAUCUAUCUAUCUAUCUAUCUAUCUAUCUAUCUAUCUCUCUAUCACAGUCUGUUUACAUGUAUCUCUCUAUCACAGUCUGUUCACGUGUAUCUAUCUAUAUAUCUAUCUAUCUAUCAAUGCUCGCUUUUUGCUGUGUCUUUUGAUUUUCUUCUCGUUGUUAACCUCUUCUUCUCUGUUUCUUUCUCUCGCUUUCAUGUUUUACACUUUCACACACUAAUAAAACAUUCCCGCUAUCAUUUUCAUUCUAUCGUUUCUAUCCUCCAUUCUGUUCGCUUUUCACUUUUAUUUGGGCUUCUUUCUUUGUCUCGUUUAAUUUCUCUCUCUCUCUCUCUCUCUCUCUCUCUCUUUUUUUCUCUGUAUGUCUUUCAUUUUCUUUUCGAUAUUAUAUAUAUAUAUUUUUUUACUUUUCUUAUCUUUCUCUUUCUGUCGAACUCUUUCCCCUCUCUUUUUCUUCUCUCUAUCUCUUUCAUUUUCUUCUCUUUCUCUCGGCUUUCCUUUUUAUGA